CCUCCCUCCAGCUCUAGUCCCAACCCAAAGAGGCUACACCCGCUGGGGUCUCAGAUCACAAGAAGCCUUCUGCAAUGAGAAGCCAGGAAGACUUGGCCAGAGUUUCCUCUUAAGUUUCGUGGAGAGAGACUCAGGUAUAGAAAUAUCCUUACUGCCACCUGACCUGAAGCAGGAGACACCGCUAACAGCCUGGAGACCAGCCCUGCCAUGUGUACCACCAGCACCUGUGACCUGGAGGAGAUCCCUCUGGAUGAUGAUGACUCAAACAGUAUGGAAUUCAAAAUUCUGAAGUUCUAUGUCACACACCAUGUCUUCAAGAACAGCUCUGCUGUCUUCUCACCAAAGCUCCUGAGAACAAGAAGUUUGUCCCAGAAAGGACCAGGGAGUUGGCCGGUAAACGAGGCAUGGACACAGGGGCCAUGGCCUUGCAGAAGUUCCCAGUCCAGUGAGAAGGCCAUAAACCUUGCCAAGAAAAAGUCUUAUUGGAGAACACUCUUCGGAGUAGCAGAGAAGGAGGAAAAUUCGCAGAGCGUGCCUACAGGGUUCCGUUUCGAGGGGCCGAGGAGAGUGGAAAUUCAGAGUGGUUCUCACAGUCAGCAAUGGCCAAGGUCCCUCUCCAAUGUGGAACAGCGCUUAGAGCACGAAGCCGUGGACCCCAAAGUUGUUUCCAUUGCCAACCGAGUUGCUGAAAUCGUUUAUUCCUGGCCACCGCUGGAAGAGCUCCAACAUCAGGGAGGAAGGUUCACGCUCCAGGGCUUCCAGUCUAGAGCUCCAAGUGCGAAGAAAGAUGGAGAAGACCAAGUAAUAGCCAGAAUCGUUGAGUUGCUGAGAUAUUCAGGAGAUCAGCUGGAAAGAGAGUUGAAGAAAGACAGCAUUUUGAUGACCAGCUUCCAGGACGGGCUAUCCUACUCUGUUUUCAAGACCAUCACGGACCAGUUCCUCAGGGGUGUGGACACCAGGGGAGAAUCAGAGGUCAAAGCUCAGAGCUUUAAGGCUGCUCUUGCUAUAGAUGCCAUGGCCAAGCUCACAGCCAUUGAUAACCACCCCAUGAACAGGGUGCUGGGCUUUGGAACCAAGUACCUGAAGGAGAACUUCUCUCCCUGGGUCCAGCAGCACGGUGGAUGGGAAAAAGUACUUGGAACAUCCCAUGAAGAAGUAGACUGAAACAAAGGAGGAUUUGUAAUCUGCAAUAUUUAUGGUCCAACUCAGGACUGGUGUACCUCGGCCUCAGGACAGACUUGGGAGAAAACAAAAACUGACAAGGCGAAUAGAGCAUCAAAGUCUGCAAAAACCAUUGUUCCUGCAAAUCAAGAGGCCUCGAGCGAGGCCUUGACCAUCUCCAGCUCAUAGGAUGUGGCAGCAUGGGCCUUGGCCUCCAUGUGUUCAAGUCCUCCAGUGAGUGUGUGAGGAAGUCUAGAAAAACAACUGGUAACUUUCCUUUCAAAUGCUUUAGAACAGAAACCAUCACCCUGCCUCUGCGGGCCACUUUAGGCAAAGUGUGGGACAGGUAUUUGUUGACCUCGUGAGGGUGAAAUGAUAAAUUGUGCAUGAGCAUACCUUUGGUUUUAGUACUAUUUAUUUUUUAAACUUCACUUGGAAUGGCCUAAUAAUGACAUUGUUUCAAGCCUGCCUUUAGGAUGAUGUGGCUGUUGGUGUUGGUAGAUGAAGAGUUCAAAGAGACUCGAGUUUUCUGCUACAUCCUCUAGCUUGGGGAGAGAAGGCCAUAUGUGCCUUUUUGACUCACUUCUCUUGGAGAAUUCACUGGCAUUUUGUAAAAACUUGCACUUGGCAGAAAACAAUUACUCUUAUCCCCCUCAACUACUGCAGUGACCCCACCUCUACUUCCCAAGGUUUCUAGCACUUUGUUAUUUUUCUCUGUAGUGUAAUGAUUAGCAGUUGCUAAAAUAAAUAUGCAGAAAGACAACUGUCAACGCAUUAAAUAAGAGUAUAAGAUUUCUGUGAGGAUCAUAUAAAUUAUGUCAAAUGCUUAGAACUGUGCUUGGUAUUUAGUGCUAUAUUCACUUAUGUCCACUAUUAUGUGCUGCCCUCAGCUAAGCUGAAAAUUUCCUCUCCUCUCAAAACAGUCACUGAUUAUUUUUCCGAAACUGAUACUGUUCAGAAUGAGGUUUUUUAGUAAGUGAAGUAUGUUCCCCAGUAAAUGUUUAAGACAAAAGAAUCUUCAAAAAUACUCUCAAAUGUUUUAGAGUCUAACAAAUUCUGGAUCUCUACCACCCAGCAUGUAGCCUGAUGAAAAAUAGGUGUUUAAAAGACUUUUGAUGAACGAAUAAAUGAAUGAGUUAAUCGCAUAUUUUCCAUUUCAAGGGAAAACUGGAACUAUCAUCACAUGCUUCACUAUGCUGCCUUCCUCAGUUAAAAAGAGUUAUUUGCUUUUAAUUUCUUCCUCCACAUUGAAACUCACACAUUUUAGGGAUAAAGGAGUUUCCUUUUACAGAUGGAGACAUUGGAGACCACUUUUUCUUUAUUCCAAGCUAUCUGCAGUUCCCCAAAUGUAUUAGGUCCCCCAGAUGUAUUAGCUCAGUUUCUCUGAGCCUCGUAAAACAUUUUCUCCACUUGGCGUAUUCCUAUCUGUCAGUCCUCUUUCCCCCCAUAUUCCCUAAGCCAACUAAUUCUAGCCCAUUUUCCCAAAUUCCCUCCUUCAUUUUCUCCAGGAAGCAUUUGCAAACGCUCCCUGGGCCACCAUGGGGCUGCAUAAGGAUGAGUUUUCUCAUAAGGAUAUUCCCCAACACCCUGUAUAGAGAGCUUUAUACCUGAUACAUUUACCAUAAAAAUGAGGUGGGUUUUUUUUUGUUUGUUUUUGUUUUUUUUGCACUGAAUCAUAAAUUAUUUUG